AUGUAAAAGAAGGAAUGAAGAAAAAUUCAAUUCAAUCUAAUUUAGCUUUGACGUCCGCAAGGAAAACACACACCAGACUCUCUCUCUCCACUUUCUCUCUCUAGAAAUAAAGCAGCUAAAUAUACAGCGAAGAACAACAGGAAAAUCUCUGUAGUGUUUAUCUUACUCUGUAUUAGAUAUAUACUUACAUAUACUUGCACCCUUUUGGCCCUUUAAGCUUAUUAGUCCAAUAAAACUUUUGUUUACAUAUAGUGUUUUUGUAUGUAUAAUAAUUAAAUUUAGCCAGUGAGAACGUAGAAAUAUAUAAAGCUCUGUUAUUUUUAUUUAGUUUUGUUGUUUUGUUGAUUUGUGUGUGAUUCCUGAAUCAGAAUCUUGGGGGAUUGUUAAAGUUGGCUCUUUUAUUCUGAUUCUGCAAGAAUAUAUUCGAAGGGGGGUUAUAUAUGGUUACUUUUGUGGUUCUGAGGGGAUUGUUGCGGUUUUGUGUGAUAAUACGCGAAAGCACCAGAUAAGACAAGAUUUGAGUGUAUAGUUGUGUAUUGGAAAGAUGGUGCCUUCAGGGCCUCCCACUCCUCUUGGUGGUGCCCAGUCUGUUCCGCCUUCGCUCUUGAGGUCAAAUUCUGGUCUCAUGGGUGGUCAAGGGGGUUCUGUUAAUUCCCAGUCUGGAUUCCCAUCAGUUAAUCAGCGUAAUCAGUUCAACAGCAUGAACAUGCUUGGUAAUGUGGCAAAUGUUUCUUCACUUCUCCACCAGUCUUUCGGAAAUGGUGGUCCAAGCUCUGCUCUUUCUGGCCCAGGGACUACGCAGCGAGGACUUAUUGAUAAUGGGUCGGAGUCUGACCCACUAUCCAGUGUCGGAAAUGGGAUGGGUUUUAAUCCUACGUCCUCAUCAUUUUCUGUGUCAAAUAUAGUCAAUCCCAACUCCUCUGGUCAAGUUCAGGGACAGCAGUUCCCCAACAAUUCCGGCAACCAGAUGUUUGCAGAUCAACAAGGCCAGCAACUUGAAUCACAGAACUUCCAACACAAUCAGGUUUUGCAGCAGUUUUCAGUGCCCAACAAUAAUCAUCAACAACAGAUGCACUAUCAAUCUAUUCGAGGUGGGAUGGGUGGUAUCGGACCUGUUAAGUUGGAGCCACAGAUGACAAAUGAUCAAAAUGGACAAUCGUCACAACAAUUGCAAUCUCUUCAAAAUCUAGGUCCAGUGAAAAUGGAACCUCAGCAAAUGCAGACGAUGAGAGGCUUGGCUCCUGUAAAGAUGGAGGCCCAACACUCUGAUCAGUCAUUGUAUCUACAUCAACAGCAUCAGCAACAACAGCAGCAGCAGCAGCAGUUCCUUCAUAUGUCCAGGCAGUCCCCCCAAGCUGCACAGAUUAAUCUUUUGCAUCAACAAAGACUCCUGCAACUGCAACACCAGCAGCAGCAGCAGCAGCAACAACAACAGCAACAAAUCCUCAAAACUAUUCCUCAACAAAGGUCCCCUUUGCAAUCUCAGUUCCAAGCACAAAAUUUACCUGCGAGAUCUCCUGCAAAACCCGCAUAUGAACCGGGAAUGUGUGCUAGACGGCUGACACAUUAUAUGUAUCAACAACAACACAGACCUGAAGACAACAAUAUUGAGUUCUGGAGAAAAUUUGUUGCCGAGUAUUUUGCUCCAAAUGCCAAGAAAAAAUGGUGUGUAUCUAUGUAUGGAAGUGGGCGUCAAACUACUGGAGUUUUCCCCCAGGAUGUAUGGCACUGUGAAAUAUGUACGCGGAAGCCAGGCCGUGGUUUUGAGGCAACUGCCGAGGUUCUCCCCAGGCUUUUUAAAAUAAAGUAUGAAAGCGGUACUCUAGAAGAACUUCUUUAUGUUGAUAUGCCUCGAGAGUACCAUAAUUCAUCUGGUCAGAUUGUCCUUGACUAUGCAAAAGCCAUCCAAGAAAGUGUGUUUGAGCAACUUCGCGUAGUCCGUGAUGGACAAUUGCGUAUAGUUUUUUCUGCAGACCUAAAGAUAUGCUCUUGGGAAUUUUGUGCUCGGCGUCAUGAAGAGCUUAUCCCUAGGAGACUGUUAAUACCACAGGUUAGUCAGCUUGGGGCUGCUGCACAAAAGUAUCAGGCAGCUACUCAGAAUGCAUCACCUAAUUUAUCUGUCCCAGAAUUGCAAAAUAACUGUAACAUGUUUGUUGCAUCAGCUCGUCAAUUGGCAAAAGCGUUGGAGGUACCUCUAGUAAAUGAUUUAGGGUAUACUAAACGAUACGUGCGGUGUCUACAGAUAUCGGAAGUGGUUAAUAGUAUGAAAGAUCUCAUUGAUUACAGCCGAGAAAGUGGGACUGGACCUAUGGAGAGCUUGGCUAAAUUUCCUCGGAGAACAAAUACUUCACCAGGAAGUCAUGCUCAGACCCAGCAACCUGAGCAACUGCAACAGCAGCAGCAGCAGCAGCAAACAGUUGCACAGAGCUCUAACAAUGAGGAUUCUGUCCAGGCUACUGCAAUGCAAUUGGCUUCUAACAAUAACGGUAUACAGAGUGUAAACAACACUCUUAAUUCAGCACCUGCCACUUCAUCCACCAGUACCAUUGCCGGCCUUCUAAAUCAGAACUCAAGGAAUUCUAGACAACAAAACCCGGUGAAUAGUGCUAAUAGUCCGUAUGGAGGUGGGACUCAAAUUCCUUCCCCUGGUUCCUCAACUACGAUCCCACAGGUUCAACCCAACCUUUCUCCUUUCCAUUCACCAACGCCAUCUUCAUCUAACAACCCUCCACGACCUUCUCAUAGUGGUUUAACAGCUUCAGCGCAGAUGAAUUCUGUAAAUUCUCCAAAUAUUUCAAUGCAACAGCCUGCCGUUUCUGGUGAUCCUGACCCAAAUGAUUCACAGAGCUCUGUUCAGAAAAUAAUUCAUGACAUGAUGAUGUCUUCGCACCUUGGUGGGAGUGGUAUGACAGGCGUGGCUUCAUUGGGGAAUGACAUGAAAAAUGUGAAUGGAUUAUUACAGUCUGGCAGUAACGGCAGCCUCAAUGGCGGUAACAGCCUUGUGGCAAAUGGAACAGCUAACGGUAGUUCAGGUGUUGCCGGAUAUGGAGGCAUGGGUAGUGGACUUGGUGUUCGAGCUGCAAUGCUUCAUAAUUCAACCAUGAACGGAAGGGUAGGCAUGACAAUGAAUCGAGAUCAAAACAUUAAUCAUCAGCAACAGGAUUUGAGCGUGCUUAAUGGUCUUGGAGCCGUUAAUGGUUUCAACGGUCUACAAUUUGAUUGGAAAUCAUCUCCAUAAAGUUCUCUGUGGAUUGUGUUUGAAAUCUGCACACAGCUGCUUAUGCAGCGCGGAAAGUUCACCUGGCAUUGUGAUGACAGAAGUGCGUGAUUAGAUAGGUAAUGCAUGGUUUUAGGGCUUCCCCUGGCGGUAUGUACUAGUUUUAGAGAAAAGGUAAAACAUAUAGGCGUGUUUGAUCAUUAAGAUGUUAUAUCAGUCAAGUUGCUCUUUUUGUCCUCCCA